AUGAUCCAUGCCCAGCCUCGGAAGGGCGCCAUUUUGCUCUCCUCCUUCCCACCGUCGUCUUGCUCCCGGUUUUGCAGGCUUCUCCUGCCGAGGCCGAGAUGGGUCUCCUCCACAGGAGGCAUUGACCCCGAGCUCGUCUCGCUUCUCCGGGACGGCGGCCGGUCGUCCCGCGGCCGCUCCCUGGGGUUCAACGUUGUGGCGGCGCUGAAGGCCUUCGCCUUCUCCCUCCCGUCGGGGGAGCAGAUCCACUCCCUGGCCGUCAAGUCCGGCCUCCACCGCUGCAAUGUCUUCGUCCGCAACGGGCUCAUCAACAUGUAUGGUAAGUGCAGAGCUCCAGACGCCGCAGAAUCCAUUUUCCGGUCAGGUUCCCCGCUGGACGCUGCUUCCUGGAACACUAUGAUCGUCAUGUACGUGAAGCUGGGCCGGCUGGAGAGCGCCCGGCGGCUGUUCGACGAAAUGCCCGAUCGAGACUGCGUCUCGUUCACGACCAUGAUCAUGGGUCUCGGACAGCGUGACGAGCCCGCACAGGCGCUUCGGGUCUUCCAGGAGAUGCUCUCUGCGGACAUCAGACCGAAUGAGGUGACCCUGUCGAGUGUGACCUCCGCCUGCUCCCACCUUCAUUCAAUCGUAACAGGGAGGGCAGUUCAUGGGCUGGCGAUUAAAUCUGGGCUCGAGGAUUUCCUCCUCGUUUCGACGAAUCUGGUUCAUUUCUAUGCUCUCUCUUCUAGCAUCAAGGAGUCGGAGACUGUCUUCACCAGCAUGCCGGAGAGGAACAUCGUCACAUGGAACACCAUGCUGAACGGCUACGCCAAGGCCGGUCUGACCGACGCAGCGAGGGUUCUCUUUGAGCGAAUCCCCGCCAAGGACUUGGUCUCGUGGGCCACCAUGGUUGACGGGUAUCUGAGGGCCAACCGGCUUCAAGAAGCCUUGCUGAUGUACCGUGAGAUGGCCAAGACUGUUGUUGUAGAUGGGCGGCCGAAUGAAGUCAUGAUCGUUGACUUGAUCUCUUCAUGCGCCCGCCUCUCGGCGUUCAACGAAGGCCGGCAGUUCCACGCAGUGAUUCUGAAGAGUGGGUUGGAUUCCUACGCCUUCGUUCAGGCGACGAUCGUCCAUUUCUAUGCCGAAUGUGGGUACAUUGAGCUCGCUUCUUCCCAGUUCUGGUCAGGAGACAUGGGGAACGUCUCAUCCUGGAAUGCCCUCAUCGGGGGAUUCAUUCACAACAACAUGUUGGAAACGGCAAGGUCGCUCUUUGAUGAGAUGCCCGACAGAGACGUCGUCUCCUGGAGCACGAUGAUUGCAGGUUAUUCCAAGAAGGGGUCGCCCUCCGCGGCUCUGGACCUCUUCCAUGGCAUGCAAGCUCAGGGGAUCCAGCCGAACGAAAUCACUCUGCUGAGUGUUCUGUCUGCUAUUUCUGCUUCUGGGACUUUGGAACAAGGGAGACGGGUUCAUAAUUACAUAAGGCACCAUUCCAUCUGGCUGACCGACAACCUGCGCGCAGCCCUCAUCGACAUGUACUCCAAGUGUGGGAGCAUCGGAGAGGCACUGCUUCUGUUCAACCAGACGAGAGAUUCAGCAGCGAACAUCUCCCCUUGGAAUGCUGUGAUAUGCGGCUUGGCCAUGCAUGGGCAUGCGGAGAUGUCUCUUAGAAUUUUCUCAGAACUGGAGAACACCAAGAUCAAGCCUAAUUCGAUCACAUUUAUCGGGGUUCUCAGUGCCUGCUGCCACAAAGGUUUGGUUGCAGAGGGGAAGCAUUACUUCGAGCAGAUGAAGAAUGCCUACAAAAUAGAACCCACGAUCAAGCACUAUGGCUGCAUGGUGGAUCUCCUAGGCAGGGCGGGGCUUCUCGAGGAGGCCCACCAAUUAGUGGUGGCCAUGCCCAUGGAACCGGAUGUGGUCAUAUGGGGCACCAUGUUGGCUGCGAGCAGGACUCACGGGAAUGUGGAGAUUGGGGAGAAGGCGGUGAGGGGCCUCACGAGCCUGGAGCCCAACCAUGGGGCGAGCAAAGUCCUCCUCUCCAAUAUAUAUGCAGAUGCUGGUAGAUGGGAGGAUGUGCUUCUGGUGAGGCAGGCAAUGCAAGCUAGGGGGCUGAAGAAGCUACCAGGCUGCAGUGGAGUCGUGUGA